AUGGUAGAUUACUAUGAAGUUCUAGGAGUGCAGAGAUCUGCUUCAUGUGCGGACAUUAAAAAGGCUUAUCAUAAAGUGGCACUUAAAUGGCACCCUGAUAAAAAUCCAGAAAAUAAAGAAGAAGCGGAGAGAAAAUUCAAAGAAGUAGCUGAAGCGUAUGAGGUAUUAUCAAAUGAUGAAAAACGGGACAUUUAUGAUAAAUAUGGCAAAGAAGGAUUAAAUGGCGAAGGCGGAAGUAAUAUUGAUGAUUCUUUUGAAUAUGGCUUCACAUUCCAUAAGCCAGAUGAUGUCUUUAAAGAAAUUUUUGGUGAAAGGGACUCAUUUUUAUGUCUUUUCUUUGAAGACACACUUGAGGACCUUUUAAGGAGUCCAAGAAGUUCCUAUAGAAGCAGAAACAGAGGUGCAAGAUCCUUUUUCUCUACCUCCCGUGACUAUCCAGUUUUUGAGAGGUUUUAUGAAUAUGAUACAAGAUAUACACCAUAUGAUUCACUGGGCCAUGAAGACAUUCAUUCUUUCUCUUCCCUGGCGUUUGAUGACAGUGGGAUGGACAACUACACACCUUUCACUUCACAUAAAACUGUUAACGGCAGAAAGACCAAUACAAGCAGAAUUAUUGAGGAAAGAGAAGGUGAAGAUGAUGGCGAGUUAGAGUCCUUCCUCAUUAUAAACGAUGUGGCAGAUGAAGAGGGCUUUGCAGAACACAGCUGGAGAAGACAGUCACUUGACAAUUAUUCACCAAAGUCCUACAGCUCCAAACAUGUACCUCCAUACACUUGUGUGGAAAAUGAGCAACGUAUACCGUGGGUCACCAGCAACAAGGAUCCCCCUGUUUUCUCAGCAGGAUUCAAAGAAGGUGGUAAGAGGAAAAAAAAGAAGCAUAAAGAGGUGCACAAGAAGAAGUCAACCAAAAGGAAUCGUUAAAUUGGCUCUUCAGACACAUUAUGUUCAUAUAACAUUUGGAACACGA